GACUGGCGCAGCGUUUCAGAAACGGCAGGCCGGCACGCCACCCGCCCUUUUAUUUUCCCUCCGAGCUUUCGCCUUCGAGACGGAGAGCUCCGGUGUCGAUUCCUCGCUCGCGCUCUAAUCCCAUGAGACGGCGUCCGCCUGCAUCCAGUUAUCACGAGGAGAUGGAAAAGACCAACGACAAGCACCCGCCAUCCCGUCUCUGCUUCUUAGCUACAUUAGCUGCCAUGUUCUGGGUCUUGAUCUUCUACUUCCAUUUCGCCAUGCUCAGUGAUAACCCCAUCAAUCUGCCGGAACGACCUGCCCGCUUCCACCAUAUUUCAUCCAAUACCCCACAUUUGUCCAAGGACCAGAAUCCAUCUGAAUUCACUUCAUCCAGUGGCCAGCAUUUGUCCAAGGACAACCAUCCAUCUGAACCACUUGUCAUGCCACAUCCCAAGCUGCCUGAUACCCAUCCAGCACCCAAGAAUUACCCCUUCAGUCGGGCUCUCAGGACUCUUGACAACAAGAGCGACCCUUGUGGUGGAAGGUACAUCUAUGUCCAUGACCUCCCUUCCCGGUUCAAUGAUGACAUGCUUAAAGAUUGCAGAAAGCUGAGUCUUUGGACCAACAUGUGCAAGUUCAUGACCAAUGCCGGCAUGGGUCCGCCCCUCGAGAACAUCAAUGGGGUCUUCUCAAAUACUGGUUGGUAUGCCACCAACCAAUUUGCAGUGGAUGUGAUCUUCAGCAACCGAAUGAAGCAGUAUGAAUGCUUAACCAAGGACUCGUCCAUUGCAGCUGCCAUCUUUGUGCCUUUCUAUGCUGGUUUUGACAUAGCACGGUACCUUUGGGGAUAUAACAUCUCGGUCAGGGAUGCUGCCUCUCUUGAUCUGGUGGAUUGGCUCAUGAAGAGGCCAGAGUGGAGCGUGAUGGGUGGGAGGGACCACUUCUUGGUGGCGGGGAGGAUUACAUGGGAUUUUAGGAGACUGACAGAUUCUGAAUCAGAUUGGGGGAACAAGCUUCUCUUCUUACCGGCUGCCAAGAACAUGUCUAUGCUGGUCGUGGAGUCAAGCCCAUGGAAUGCAAAUGAUUUUGGGAUACCAUAUCCUACUUAUUUCCACCCGGCAAAGGAUGCUGAUGUUUUUGUUUGGCAGGAUCGAAUGAGAAAGUUGGAGCGAAAGUUUCUUUUCUCCUUUGCAGGGGCACCACGCCCUGAUAACCCAAAAUCUAUCAGAGGACAGAUUAUCAACCAGUGCAAGAAGUCUAAGGCUUGUAAAUUGUUGGAAUGCGAUUUUGGGGAGAGCAAGUGUCACUCUCCUAGCAGCAUAAUGCAGAUGUUCCAGAGCUCUUUGUUCUGCUUGCAGCCUCAAGGGGAUUCAUACACAAGGAGAUCAGCUUUUGACUCAAUGCUGGCUGGUUGUAUCCCUGUUUUCUUCCAUCCGGGGUCAGCUUAUACCCAAUACACUUGGCAUCUUCCAAGAAAUUAUUCGAAGUAUUCAGUCUUUAUCCCAGAAGAUGAUAUUCGUAAGAGGAACGUUAGCAUCGAAGAAACAUUGAAGCAAAUUCCUUCAGAUGUUGUGAAGGAUAUGAGAGAGGAGGUCAUAAAUCUCAUACCAAGGCUGAUAUAUGCAGAUCCUAGGUCAAAAUUGGAGACUCUUGAGGAUGCCUUUGAUGUGGCUGUACAGGCAAUUAUCGACAAAGUUACAAAAUUGAGGACAGACAUAAUUGAGGAUCGUGAAGAUAAGGAUUUCAUUGAGGAGAAUAGUUGGAAGUAUGCUUUGUUAGAGAAAGGUCAGACAGUUGGUGCACAUGAAUGGGAUCCAUUCUUUUCUAAACCUAAGGAUGGUGAUGGAGAUUCUGGUGGUUCAUCAGCUGAAGCUGCUAAAAAUUCAUGGAAGAAUGAGCAAAGGAGUCAGUCUUGACCUAUAUUAGGUUUACUUGGCAAAAGGGCUAAGAGAUCAUUUCGAUCCAUCAUCAGAUCAUCAUUGUUUUGAAGCUACUUCAGCACUGGCGCACCAUUGAGAUCAAAGCUGAAGUUCAUGAAACUACAAAUUCUGAUCAUGACCAUGUUGAGCAUAUUUGAUGAAUUUUUCUAAAUUUUGAAAGAAACCAUGCCUACAACAAUAUUUGGAAUUU